CUUUGUUCAAAGUUAAGAGAGAGCGAGUCUCAUUUCAAUUUUUGUUUGGUGUUUUUCACUCUUCAUCAGAAAGAGAGAUGGCAGUGGAGAUCAUGCCUGAAAAUGCUCAUCCUUCAGUGCAGAUACUUUCUUGGGAUAAUAAUGGUGGAGUCUCUCAGAGAAGGCUUGAGGGCAAAGUUGCAGUGAUCACCGGAGGCGCAAGGGGAAUUGGUGAGGCGACGGCCCGCCUCUUCUCGCGCCAUGGCGCCAAAGUUGUCAUCGCAGACAUCAAUGAUGUCUCGGGGGAGGCCCUUGCUGCCUCCCUCCCUGGCGCUCUCUAUGUGCACUGCGAUGUAUCCCAAGAAUCCGAUGUCUGUAACCUGAUCGACCGAGCCCUAACCCGUUAUGGAAGGCUCGACAUCCUCUUCAACAAUGCAGGAGUUCUAGGAAGUCAAUCUCAAGGCCGAAAAAGCAUAUUAGAAUUCGACCCAGACGAAUUCGACAGAGUAAUGAGCGUGAAUGUAAGAGGUGUGGCUUUAGGCAUGAAGCACGCGGCUCGGGCCAUGCUCCCUCGAGGGUGUGGGUGCAUAAUCUCGACAGCGAGCGUGGCUGGUGUGUUGGGAGGGCUCGGGCCACACUCUUAUACAGCGUCGAAGCACGCCAUCGUAGGGCUCACAAAGAACGCCGCCUGCGAGCUCGGAAAGCAUGGGAUUCGGGUCAAUUGCAUCUCUCCAUUUGGGGUGGCCACUUCUAUGUUGAUUGAUGCUUGGAGAGAGGGGGUGGAGAUGGAGGGGUGCCUGAGAGGGGAUGAUGUUGAGAAGAUGGAGGAGUUUGUGAGGGGUUUGGCUAAUUUGAAGGGUGCUAAUUUGAGGGCCAAGGAUGUGGCUGAGGCCGCAUUAUACUUGGCUAGUGAUGAAUCCAAGUAUGUCAGCGGUCAUAAUCUUGUGGUCGAUGGAGGUGUGACCACAGCGAGAAACUGUGUGGGCCUAUGACACUAGAGAGAGAGAUUAUCUCCUAGGCGCUUCCUUUAUCCAUUUGAAAAUUGAGUAAUGGUGUUCUAUUCUUUUAGAUUUUUGUAGCCACUUGAGAGGAGCAGAGAAACUGCCUCCCUCACAGGGCAUCUCCUCCCUCAUUUGAAAUUUGAUUAAUGAAGUUUCAUUCA